UGCUGCGAUCUGCCUCCAUGGACGCCGGCGACGCCGUCCCAGCCUCUCCCGCGCUCGAUCGCUAUCUGUCGCAGUACCAUGUUGCCUGGUCGUUUGCCGACCCGUCCUUCCGGACACUACGAGCGCAGAUCCGCAUUCCUGCCGGGACCGUCCUGCUGCCCAACCGGGCGCUUGCCGUCGCUGGGCUUUCGUCCCAGGUCUGCCACGGAUGCGUCGUCUCGUUUGCCGAUUCUAUGGCCCAGCCGCUCCGAUGUGCGGCCUGCCAGCAGGCAUUCUACUGCUCCAAGAAGUGCCAGAAAAGCGACUGGAGCCUCGGCCACAAAUCCGUUUGCGCCUACUGGCGGCAGCAAAAGUUGCUGCCCAGCGAUCGGCAAGUUGGCCAGAGCGACGACCCGAGCAGUGCCAGCAAUGCCCAGCGCGAGAUCAUCGAAAAGGACACCGAGAUGCUCCUCAAGACCAUCGCGGCCUUCCGCAACCCGGCCGACCCUGCCGUUCAGAUCGCGAGGGAGGUGUUCGUCCAGCUCAUGUCCCAUCUCGAUGAGUGCGAGCCGCCGCUCCGGACACAGUUCCAUGAGAUAGCCGAGCAGACCGUCAAGAUGGAUCCACCAGGGCUCGCCCAAGUGGCCGAUCACUACAAGCUGCCUCACUACGCCGACGACGCUCGCCAUCGCAGCCAGCUCGUCGAGACCUUGGCCCAGUUCUUGGCCGUCUACCGAUGCAACAACUUCUCGAUGCACGACUCGCAGCUGUUUGUCUAUGGCGAGGGCACCUUUCCGAUCGGGGCUUUGAUGAACCACUCGUGCCUGCCGAACUGUGCCGUGUUGUUCGACGGCCAGAUGCAGUACUUUCGCACGCUGCGAGACAUUGACGCCGGCGAAGAACUGACCGAUGCUUAUGUCGAUGGUAUGGACUAUCGUCCCGACAGACAGACCAAGCUCCUUGACAAGUACCGGUUCUCGUGCCGAUGCGAUCGAUGUGAGCCGCUGGACUCGAGUGGAUUCUCUGUCGUCGAUCGAGCAGCAACCAAGAGCCACUGCGAUCCAGAAUCGAUCCUCGGCGAUCGACCAUUCGUCUACACCUCCAUGAUGAGCAGCUGGGUCCCGGCCGUCCUGCCGGCACCGCAACGUAGAGAUUCCUGUGUCGGGGAUCUGGCGUCGUUCCUUCGGAUUGUUCUCGACGACUACCGUGAGCUGUUCCUCGUGUCUGAUCACCAAGCGUACCGGCGCAUCCAUCUCGAGCUGGCCCAGCGCAUCGUGCUGCCUCCCUCAAGGCAGUUUUUGGAUCUAUCGCUGUUCACGCAGCUCUCGACCGAGCUAUACACAGCCAUCGACGCGAACGACUGGCACAAGGCGGCCGUUCUGUCGCUCUAUGUCCUGGCUGUGUACUUGCUCUUUUACGAGCGUCACCACCCGAUGGUAGGACUACAGUGGUUGCUCUGCGGCAAGUGCCUCUGGAAUGCUUCGGACAGCUUGGACGAUGAUACUGAUCGGCAGCACGUCGUUAUAGAGGCACGCAUGUGCCUGGAGACGGCGGUGCGGUCGCUGGGCAUCAGCCACGGCUCGGAGGGUCUCGGAAAUCGACUCCUCCUGGCAGAUGCUGCCGAGUUGCUCCAGGUUGUCCAAACCGAGUUAUCGACGGCGCCUUGUUCGUGAUAGCGAGCCGACCGCCGAUAUUCCGGGCUGGUGGGUGGUUUGGUCCUGGAGCAUCCAUGGUAUACACCCAUGAAGUGCAUCCAUGAAGUUCAUCCAUGAAGUGCAUCCAUGCAAUACAUCCAUGCAAUACACCAUGUAAUACACCAUGUAACGCAUCCACAGU